UCUUCAGAGCCAAACACAAACAAAACAACAAAACCAAAUCUUUUCCCCUUUCUCUCUCUUUCUUUCUAAAACCUCUCUCAGAUAUCUCUCUCUCUCUUUGUAAACUGUAAUCUGAUGUGUAGAUCUUAAAAAGUGGCCAUUGCGGAUCUGAAUUGGUGUUAGGGUUUAAAAAAAGGGUUUUUCUUUUUCUUUUUCUUUUUCCUUUUCCUUCAAUGGCCACACCCUUUCCCAUUCCCUUCAGUGCAGCUCAGGUUGGGACCUACUUCGUGGGGCAGUAUUAUCAGGUGCUUCAGAAUCAACCGGAAUUCGUGCACCAGUUUUAUUCUGAUGCUAGCACUAUGCUCCGUAUUGAUGGCAACGCUAGGGAGACUGCCACUGCAAUGCUUCAAAUCCAUCAACUGGUUAUGUCACUCAGUUAUACUGGAAUUGAAAUCAAGACAGCACAAUCUCUGGAAUCUUGGAGCGGUGGUGUUCUUGUGAUGGUUUCUGGAUGUGUACAAAUUAAGGACUACAACCCAAGGAGGAAAUUUAUGCAGACAUUCUUCCUGGCACCCCAAGAAAAAGGCUUUUUUGUGCUCAAUGAUAUUUUUCACUUUGUUGAAGAGGAUCCAGUUCCCCACCACCAAGCGGUCUUGCUAGCUCAGAGCAAUCUUGAUUCGAAAGUUAAUGCUCAGAGCAUAAUCAAUAAGCCAGUGUCCAACUACCUGCUGGGUGGAGAUAUCCAGGCUAGGGAGUUUGUUGCUACAACUACAAAUGAGGUCAAAGAAAAUGGUGUAGUCGACAAUUAUGGAUUUUCAGAGCAACGAAUGCAUCAAGGCCCUGAUUCUGAACAUAUGAGGGAGGAUAACACUGUUGAAGAGUCAAAUGGUUCCCUUCAAUCUUCAGUGAAUGCAGUGCAAGACCAUGUACCUGCUUCUGAUGAACCUGCUGGGGAGCCAACAAAGCACACUUAUGCCUCCAUUUUACGAGUUGCUAAAGGACAAUCCACUCCAUCUGUAUCGUCUCUGCCUUCUCAUAAGAAUGUGUACCCUUCGGAAUGGGACCAUGCUCCACAGACUAGUAGUCAGCAAACAACUGCUUCGGCAAAUGCAUUUGAAAGGUCUGAGUAUGAUAUAGUGGAGGAGCUUCCUGCAACAGAAGAUGAAGAUGAAAUAAAAUCUGUUUAUGUGAGAAACUUGUCACCUACAGUGUCUCCUUCUGAAAUUGAAGAUGAAUUCAAGAAUUUUGGUAGAAUCAGGCCAGAUGGUGUUGUCAUAAGAAGUCGCAAGGACGUUGGAGUUUGUUACGCAUUUGUUGAAUUUGAAGAUAUGACAGGCGUUCAUAAUGCAGUCAAGGCUGGAUCUGUUGAGAUAGCAGGAAGACAAGUAUACAUUGAAGAGCGGAGACCAAACAGUAACAUCCCUUCUCGAGGAGGAAGACGGGGUAGAGGCAGGGGUAGCUAUCAAUCAGAGGCACCAAGAGGGCGUUUCAGUUCAAGGAGUUUUGGCAGGGGAAGUGGCCAUGAUGGUGGUGAUAGGGAGUAUAACAAACCCAGAGGAAAUGGUUUCUAUAGACCAAGUCCACGGCAAGAGAGGGGAUAUUCAGGGCAUCAAGUACAAAGAAAUGGACAGAAUCUGGCUGAGUCUUCCUGAGUCAACAAAAUAUUUUAGCAAGAGAAUCCAAUUUUGGGUCCAGAUAUUUCAGCUCCCAAUAGUCAAUUUCAAUAGAUUAAACCAAAUAUUGAUAAUUUUGAAGUAUUAAAUUAAGAUGUUCAAUUCAGGGAAUAUGAAUGAGAUAUUUUGGUUUCUGAUAAAUUUUGUUCUACAGGCUUCUUGUUUCAUUUGUUUCUCCAGGAAUUUUAUGUUUAGCUGGAAAUGUGUUUAGAACAUCUGGCAUUUGUUUACUCCCCCGUUGAAAUUUAAAAUCUAGUUGUUAUUUUUUGUUAACAGUACUUCAGAGUUUGAUACUAUUUGCUUAAAUGUA